UAAGUACCCUGGUGACUAGGCUCUCAGUCUCAGUGGCCAUGGUGAAUCCCUGCCACCCUCUGGCUCUCGAAAUCCCUCUAGCGAUUGCCCUUCUUCACCACCACCACCACCGUUCUUUGUAGCCUUGUUGUGGUCACAUGAAUGUCUUCUCGAUAGAGGUGCACGUCAUUCGACAGCUUGCUGCUCGAGUGCUGUGGUAGUCAAGAUUUUUUGGGGGGGAUUGUUGGAGUUUGUGGAACUAUCCCCUCGUGAGGAAUUUCGGUGGGUUUCGCUGUGGCGGUGGAGUUGAUCGGUGAUGUUGGUUCUUUUGUUUCCGUGAGAAAGUUGGGUUUGUAGAUUGGGUUGUUACCUGGUUUAGCGCUGGGUGGUGGUUGAGGUGCAUGAAGUUGUCUGUGUUAGUGUUCAUUGUUGACGUGCGGGGAUCGGAGACAGGAGUGUUUGAAUUCAGGUUUGUGGGGUCCUCUGUGGGUUAAAUUCUGAAUUGGGAGAAGAUGAAGGGAGGAGGGCGAGCGUUAGGGUUUCCUGCUCUCAUCCGGUUCACCCAGGAGCAAGCGCGACGGGCAGUGCCCAUUUUAGGUCAACAGGUUCGAAGUUCUUCCACGACCAAUCCCCCCACGGAGUCAUCCUCAACUCCAGCAACCCCUACCCUCACCGCAUUGCGAGAGCGUCUCGCCAAAGGGGGUCCUAGCCUAGGUGAUUUUAUCACUCAUUCGAGCACAACUCCGGAGGGAUACUCUGUGGAAGUGGGCACCAAGAAGAAUCCCAAGCCAAAGCCUGAAUGGAUGAAGAUGGUUGUUCCUGGCGGAGACAAGUAUGCUUCAAUUAAGUCCAAGUUGAGGGAAUUGAAACUGAAUACGGUUUGCGAGGAGGCCAGGUGCCCCAACAUUGGAGAAUGCUGGACAGGGGGUGAAACCGGCACUGCAACCGCUACCAUCAUGAUACUCGGGGAUACCUGCACACGAGGUUGCAGGUUCUGUGCGGUGAAAACUUCGCGAGCCCCUCCACCGGCGGACCCUGAAGAGCCUCUGCGAGUUGCCGAAGCUAUAGUUGCAUGGGGAUUGGAUUACGUGGUGCUGACUAGUGUUGACAGAGAUGACAUGCCUGAUCAGGGCAGCGCACACUUCGCUGAGACUGUGAAAAAUCUGAAAGAGCGCAAACCAACAAUGCUUGUUGAAGCGCUUGUUCCGGAUUUCCGUGGUGAUCCGGCGUGUGUGGAAAGAGUUGCAACAUCGGGGCUUGAUGUGUUCGCUCACAAUAUUGAAACUGUUGAAGAGCUUCAAAGCUCUGUACGGGAUCGAAGAGCUAAUUUCAAGCAAUCCUUGGACGUGUUGCGCAUGGCCAAGAAGUUCGCACCCCCGGGCACUCUUACUAAAACAUCAAUUAUGCUCGGCUGUGGAGAGACUCCUGCACAGGUGGUAAAAGCAAUGAAGAGUGUGCGGGCGGCAGGUGUGGAUGUGAUGACACUAGGCCAAUACAUGAGGCCAACAAAACGGCACAUGCCUGUUUCCGAGUUUGUCACUCCUGAGGCAUUUGAAGAGUACCGGAAGUUGGGAGUUGAAUUGGGCUUCCGAUACGUGGCAUCUGGCCCAAUGGUACGCUCGUCCUACAAAGCCGGGGAGUAUUUCAUUAAGUCCAUGAUCGAUGAAGAUCGUGAAAGGCAAAGAAUCGCUGCCAUAGAGUAGAUACACCAUCCUUGGUGUUACAUCCAAUUAAGGGGAGUUGGUCUUCGAACGAAACAAUCUGGAUGGAGGGUUAAUGUGCGCACAAGUGUUUUUCUGUGUGAAGAAAUUUUCUCCCCAUAUUACAUCUAGAUUCAAGAUUCUUUCGUAAUACGUCAGAUUUUCAUUUAAUGCCGAAUGGCAGCUUUGUGAGAGGACCUUCACAUACGUGGGGCUGUAAGGUUACUUUUUCAGCAGGGUCUCAAUUAGUAUACGUCUGUAUCAACUAGCUCAUUGAAUGAUUGUUUAGGAGAAAGAAAGGGCGAAACAGGAGUUCAGAUCUUCUGUCGGGAAUGUGCCAUCAUCUUUGUUUAUCAUCUAAACAUUACUUUUAUGGCUUGUAUUUAAAUUAUGUUUGGUAACAGUCGUUGCGCAAUGCCUUCAAAAAC